UCGGAUGUCCAACAAAUGGCGUUGGCGCCGUGGUGAAUCUCCGAAGGGAAACGGCGAGAACCGAUGCCGAGCGAGUGGAGUGGACAAGCCAGUCGAGUGCGACGGCGCCGCUGAAUUUGGCAGCGGUCGCUGCCCGUAAAAGGAAAAGGUACGCCCCUAGCUCCAGGCCAACGGCGGCCGUAGAAGAGAGCAAAUGAAAUGCCCUGCCCCUGCCCGCCUAUCCACCGGACCAGAUCGGCUGCCGCGGCGGCGACGAAGACGACGGCGACACGCGCGCACACAUGGAUUCCUGCCUAGGCAGCAGGGGCCCUCCCAUUCUCAACUCGGAGAUGAAAAUGGAGAAUAUAUCGGGCCGCAGCCGUCUUCUCCUACGUAGUUCGUCCGUUUCACCAACAGUGCCGUCUAGCUGUUCGAUGUUAUUCCUCCCUGGCCCGGCUUUUCCGCUUUCCAGCCCACGGAUGGGAUGCCCGCGAGGCAUGCAUCAACUUUUCCGCCGGUGCCAGUACGUGCACCGUUCGUCUGCACUGGCAUUUUACACCAUGCCAUCGUCCGAGUGUUUCCACAAAGAAAAAGAAGGGGAGACGGAAGAAGAUCAUUAUGCUUGGUGGGAGGUGAUCAGUUAGGGGACCGUACCUAACGACAUUCGCUGCUCGUGGGAAUGUAAUUCAGAAUUCAGAAAUAUUCCCUGCAAGAAAUAUUCCAUUGGCAUCCCUUUCUUGCUAGCAGAACCCGACAAUAGCAGAGUUUGUUAUGCAAAGCUGACCUCAAAUGGGGGAAAAUGAUGCUGCUGAGGAAUAUUCCAGCCGAUCGGUAGUGUAAAUGUGAUGAGAUUUUAUAACGGAGAUGUAAUUACCACGGAGGAAAAGCAGCAAAAGUUCAAAAAUUCUUCGACACGGAUUCUUGUAGUUCCUCUCAAUGCACAAUUUUACAGAAUCAAUACCUUCACUGUCCAUACCUCAAAGAUAUUUCUGGAAUCUUCCUUGCUGCAGUCUGCAGAAUUCUACACUGUAUCUGCCAAGCAAAUGAGGCAGUACCACUUGCCAUAUCUGAACCUCUUGAGCUAAGUUCCGCGUCUAAUUGCGCCUUAAUUUUUUACUGAAAAUAAUGAUAAUUCAUGUGCCACCGUGCAUUUACAAUAGUAGGAAAAAGCCCGCUGCAAAAAAAAGCUGCUGUGUGUUUCAUUUUUGUGCUAAAUUUAGUAUUUUCUCCAGAAGCCUCUUUAUGCUUAUCACCUGUCAUUAUGAUCUCUAGAGUUUCAGUUCCAUGCUGAAUGGCGCCUGAAAUUCUUGUGAAAAUACUUUAUUUUCAGAGUUUCGGUCCAGUGCUGAACUGCGUUUUGAAUUCUACUCUGCAUACUUUAUUUCUUGAGUUUCAGACCAGUGUCAAACUGCGCUUUAAACUGAAAAUACUUGACAUUUACUCUGUGAUUGUUUUUCUUCCGGUACAGUGUCGAAUCGCACCUUAGAUUCUACUAAAAAGGCUGACUUUUUAUUUUCAGUUCCGUGUCCUAAAUUGUACUGAAAAUACUGAUAUUUUUUUAACUCAGCUUUAAACACUAGUGAAAAUACCAAUAGUUCUCUGAUAAAAAAAGAAGAAGAUACCAAUAGUUUCCGAGUCGCCGUGCAAUAAUAAUACUAGUACCAAUAGUUGCGUUGGUGCUUUUGAUCGCAGUUUUGAUAAUGCGGAAACGACUAGCCUGUCACGCAGAAUAGGUGCCAAAUGUUUAGCCUUUUCCUGCAAAAUAUGGGGGUUUCUCUCAGAAGAAUCUUCCUUUAGCACUGAGAGUGUGAGAAAUUAAUCGCCUUUAGUUUAUGUGUAUUUUCUUGGGGGAAAGAAAAGAAAUAAGUGUUUUAUGCUUAUUCCUUGUUAUUUGCACUGAUGUUAUACAUAUAUAAUCUCUGGAUUUGUGAGGCCAAACCAGUGGACAUUACAACGCCUUGUCAAGAUAAAAAAAAUGGUUAGGAAUUGGCAAAAAGGGUCCUAAGUAAUGUUUCUAUAUAUACCUGGGUUCCCUCUCCACUGCCAAGAAAAGGAUGCAUAUAUUCUGCUGUGACCUGGGCCAGAGGGAUUACUAUUACGUACGCCCAUGUUUGUACUGUAUUUUGGAGCAGUAGAAAAAAUGCAACCGGAAGUUAGGGCUCCUGUGAUUCAAAGGAUUUUCAUAGGAACUUUUGAGGAUUAGAAUCUUUAUGAAUUUUUUCUAUGUUGGUUGUUUAAUUCAUAGGAUUGAAUCAUAUGGUAGGAAUUUUUCCUAAGGAUUUUUUGGUACUACUACUUCCCAUAAGAUUUCUUCUAGCACUCACUCAAACCUCUUUCAAAGAAUCAUUUAUUUUCUCUAUGAUGCAAUCAAACAAUCAAAAAUUGUACUCCCUCUGUCCCAAAAUAUAAGAACGUUUUUAACACUACGCUAGUGUCAAAAACGUUCUUAUAUUAUGGGACGGAGGGAAUAGGAUGAAGAUGAGAUUCCGAUCCUAUGUUUUUUUUUCUUCUGUUCCCGCGUUUUCAGAAUCCUGCGAACGAGAGAGGCGAUUUCAUUUGGGUGGCUCUGGAGCCGAGCGCCGUGCGUGGUGCGUCGUGGUGGCGCUGAGCGAGAGGAAAGAGCUGACUCGCUGGUGCGUCAUGUGGCGGGCCCAACGAAUUGGAAGGCGACGGCAAGCGGGCGUUGGAUUGCCGUCCACGCGUCGGCCAUCCGGGGCGGGGCUCUCUAUAAAUACCUCUGCAUGCCUCCUUCACUUAGCAUCCGGGCAAGAAUUAGCGCGCGCGCUCUCUCUCUUCUUCUCUCCCAGUCCCUCCCACCACCAGCAGACCAGCUCACCUGAUCGAUCGGUCGAUCCAUCACCGUGCGUGCGUGCGUGCGUACGUACGUGACCAGCAUGAGCUCCUCCGGCGCCCGCGGUGUCCGUCGAGAGUACGGCCGGACCUAUGUGGUGAGGCCCAAGGGGAGGCACCUGGCCACCAUUGUCUGGCUCCACGGCAUAGGCGACAACGGAAACAGCUGGUCCCAGGUGCUGGGCAAUCUCCCGUUGGAUAAUGUCAAAUGGAUUUGCCCUACUGCGCCAACGCGGCCCGUAGCGGCCUUCGGUGGAUUCCCAUGUACUGCAUGGUUCGAUGUGGAGGAGACUUCGGUUGACGGCCCCGACGACGUCCAAGGGCUGGACGCAUCCGCCGCACACAUAGCAAACCUGCUAUCGUCCGAGCCCUCUGAUGUGAGGCUUGGGAUAGGCGGUUUCAGCAUGGGAGCCGCCACUGCGCUCCACUCUGCCGCAUGUUAUGCUCAUGGAAGGUUCUCAAACGGUGUUGCGUACCCUAUUACCCUCAGCGCUAUUAUUGGGUUGAGCGGCUGGCUUCCCUGCUCCAGGGCCCUGAGGACCAAGAUUGAGAGCUCACAGACUGCUUUCAGGAGGGCUGCUGCCUUGCCGAUAAUGCUUGGCCAUGGAAGAGGCGAUGAGGUAGUCACGUACAGGAACGGCGAGAGGUCGGCCGAGUUUCUGCGGAAUUCGGGCUUUUCGUACCUGAAUUUCAAAGCCUACAACGGACUGGGCCAUCACACCAUCCCUGAGGAAGUGGACGAUGUCUCCAAGUGGCUCAGGGCAAGGCUCGGGCUUGAUCGCUCUUGCGGCUAAGUGGAGAAGCUUGUGCCUUGGUGGCUGACACAUAACAUGAGAGAAAAGUAUUGACACUAUAGAGGAGAAGGUUGAUAUAUAUAGGUUAAUCAUAUGAAGAGAUCACGACCGGCAUGUGUUGAUAUAUAAGUCCUCACUACUGAAUUUCAUGUUACACUUAUAUUUGUACUAGUAAGAGUUGUACCCCAGUUAUAUUGUUUGUUUUGAUUGACCACACCAGUAAUUUAUGACGAUCGCUUUUAAUAUAUGCUUGUGUUCUACUUC